AAGGCCUCUGGGUCUUGUGGACAGCCAUCGCUCCUCAUCGGGCCUCUGUUUCCCAGCUGACUGUGGAAUGUUAGUGCUUCCGGUGUCAGGUAGUGACGUUGUGGGUGAACUGGCUCUGUAGCCGUGGCAGCGGCCGAGGCGGGCUGGCCGGGGACCAGCUGCCGCUGCCCGUGGUGAGGCUACCUGCUGACAUCAGCCUAGGCCGCAGUGUGUCACCGCUACCGGGCCGAGCAGAACGAGGGUAUUUUCAGUAUUUGCAUCUGAGAAUUGAGGCAUCCUUUGGACUAGGAGUGCAGAGUGGCCUGGAAAGGGAGAAGCUAAACUAUGUGCUCCUCCAGGGCGGGCACCAUGUUGCAUUCAUCUUUGUACCCCUGGCAUCUAGCAGUGUUGGCAUAUAGUAGGCACUCAAGAAAUGUGUGUUGAAUGAAUGCUGCCUGUGACAAGCAACUGGACUUUAUUCUUUCCUGACCCUUGCUCCUACAACACACCUCCUCCUGACUGCCACUGUCACCCCUUCAGAGCAGAACUUCUCUAGGGAACUCAAGGGAAACAGCUAUGGCCAAGGACAUCCUGGGUGAAGCAGGGCUGCACUUUGAUGAGCUGAACAAGCUGCGGGUGUUGGACCCAGAGGUUACCCAGCAGACCAUAGAGCUCAAAGAAGAGUGCAAGGACUUUGUGGACAAAAUUGGCCAGUUUCAGAAAAUAGUUGGUGGUUUAAUUGAGCUUGUUGACCAACUUGCAAAAGCAGCAGAAAAUGAGAAGAUGAAGGCCAUCGGUGCUCGGAACUUGCUCAAAUCUAUAGCAAAGCAGAGAGAAGCCCAACAGCAGCAACUUCAAGCACUAAUAGCAGAGAAGAAAAUGCAGCUAGAAAGGUAUCGGGUUGAAUAUGAAGCUUUGUGUAAAGUAGAAGCAGAACAAAAUGAAUUUAUUGACCAAUUUAUUUUUCAGAAAUGAACUGAAAAUUUCACUUUUAUAGUAGGAAGGCAAACCCCCUCCCCAAACCACAAACCCCGUGUACUAUUCCAGCAACUUGACUAACGAUCUAAGCGUGUCACAGUGUGUGAGGAGCGCAGCCCUCUGAAGGCAGCACCGCGAGGCUUGGGGCUCAUUCUGAGCAUCAGUGCACAGCUGCCACUGGUGGCCACCUAGCAGGGUCUCACCUCUUCAUUCUGAGUUUGAACUGAGCAGACUGUAAGCUUUGAUCCUUUUUUUUUGUAAAUUUACAAAGCUUUGGAAAGAAAAGCAAUAAAUUGUUUUCAAAUGGCUCAA